AUGGCCACCCGAAAGCAACUCUCAGCAGCUGCCUAUACAGUUGGGCUUAUCUACGUCAAGCCCCUCGAGAUGCACGCCAUUACUGUGAUGUUAGAUGAGGAACAUGACCCUAUCACCCUACAACAGGGAGACAGCAACGAGUACACGCUUGGUCGCAUUGGGGCGCAUAAUGUCGCUAUUGCAGGGCCAGCCCGAGGUGCGCAAGGGAAAGUUGCUAUCGCUGACGUGGUAGGGCGCAUUCCUUUGACCUUCACGAACAUGACAGUAGGACUGCUGGUCGGUAUUGGGGGCGGCAUACCUCAUCUCCCGAAGAUGGAUGUGCGUCUUGGAGAUGUCGUCGUUGGGGCGCCUGAAGUUGGGCCUGCGGUCGUACAGUAUGAUCUCGGAAAGCAGCUUUCAGACGACUUCGAGGUCACCAGAACACUCAAUAAACCUCCAGCGCAGUUACUCAAGGUUGUCAACAUAUUGGAAGACAGGUACAUCCGACAAGAACAAGGGGAUGAAAGCUUCUUCACGACCCACCUAGAUCGAUUCACCAAAUACCCGAGAAUGAAAAGGUUAUACAAACGACCAGCCACCCCAGAUCGAUUAUUCCUUACCAGCUAUGCCCAUGAAGCCGGCACACAGUGCACGCAGCACGAUAAGCAGUACGAGGAACAGCGACCAGAUCGCGAUCCAGCAGAUGAGGUACAGAUUCAUUACAGCACAAUCCUGUCUGGCGAUCGGGUCAUGAAACACGAGGUCACCAGAGACCAGAUCAGCGCAAAACAUAACAACGGCCUUUGCUUCGAGAUGGAGGCCGCCGGGCUGAUGGAUGUCUUCCCCUGUCUCGUGAUCCGAGGGAUCUGCGAUUACGCAGACUCGCAUAAGAACAAAGACUGGCAGGAGUAUGCAGCAGCGACCGCUGCAGCCUAUGCACGAGAGAUCCUCCUUUCUAUGGCUGAGAGAGUCGUCAAGGAUAUAGGGACCUCCACCGCUCCAGAUAGGAGUGGGGGAAAUGUCGGUACGGACGCUUCCAGCGGGCACGGGGGUAAUUCUUCCCAUGUGGUCUUCUCUGGCAGCAACAAUUCAGGCGUCCAGUUGGGGCACAACACCGGCACCAUCAGUGGAUUUACAUUCGGGAAGCAGUAG